AUGGCUUGUCUGUUUGGUACUCUUUAUGUUCUUAGAAAAGGUACUGAAGAGGAGUAUGCACAUUUUCCGAUUACGAAAAGAUUAAAUACUUUUGGAAGACAUUUGUCAUGUGAUGUCAGAUUAUAUGAUGAAGUUAUUUCUCGUCAACAUGCUCGUCUUGAAAUUGAUGAUAAUGGAAAUGCAUUUUUAGAGAAUUUGAGUGUCAAUGGCACUUUUGUUAAUAACAAUGAACUAGAUAUUUCUGAAAAUAAAAAGUUUCGAUUAAAUACGGGUGAUAUUAUUAGUCUUUCUGGUCAUAAAUUUCGAUGGGAAUAUCCAACAAAUGAAAAAAAAGACAAUCAAGUAGUAAUACAUACUCCUGAAUUAAAAACUUAUACUCCUAUUAAAUCAAUAAAACAGUCAUCUUUUCUUUUUGCAAAUGAUAAGGAUGUUUUUGAUACAUAUCUUAUGAAUGAAAAACCGUUGCAGCCUAUUCUUAAGGAAAAUUUGGUUAAUGAACAUGUAUCCAUAAAAAUUAAAACUCCAAAAAAUAAUAUAGUAAAAUCUAAGAUACUUGAUGUAGUGGACUCUGGGUUAAGAAGUAAGGAAUCUCCUCUAGGUGACGUUAAAAAUUUAAAGAUACUGGCUUCAUCUAUAGAAAAUUCUCCUGAAAAACAAAUUAUUUCUAAUGAUAUAUUCGUUCUUGGUCCUAAAGAUUUUACUUCUAAAGAUAAAUAUGAUACUUCUUUACCUUUUUCUGAAAAAAACAUCGAGAUUAUAAAAAAAGAGAAUUUUAAUCAUAACGAUUCUAUAAAAAAUAAAGUAUUUAGUCCUGCUAAAAAUUCUAUUCUUGAUCAAGAUUUUCAAAUGCCGGAUUUAUCUCCUGCAUCUAAUAUUAAAAUAAAUGUUUCUCCUGCUAUCGACAAAUCUAUGGAUGAUUUAAUACUAAAUAGAUAUUUUGAAUCCAAAGGAUCUGAUGUGUCUCUAGAUUCUUUAUUAGUUGAAAAAAAAAAUAUGUUUUCUGAGAAAGAAAAUGAUGCCAUAGAUCUGAAUAGUUCUUUGAAGAUAAAACGAACAGAAUCUGAGCAGGAUGAUGGGAUUUUAUUGCAUCCAGUGAUUUCUUUGUCAAAAAUUCUUCCAGAGAAGAAAAUAAGUACAUCUGGUAUCUGCAAUAAUUUUUAUAAUUCUCGGGGGUUUAAAUUAGAAGAGGAUGUAAUUGUUAGUCCUCCAAAAGAGAAGUCUUUUAGCAUUUUUCCAGAUGCUCAGCCUUCGCCGUUGAAAUUUGGUUCACCUGUUCUACAUUUAGUUAAAAAGUAUUAUGUUGAUACGCGUGAUUUGCCUCGCCAACUCAGGGAUAUUAAAACAAAAAGACAUGUGUACAAAAAGAGACCAAGUUUUCCGCCUUUUAUAGCUUCUAAAGUUUUGAAUAAUCCAGCCCUUACAAAUUUGCGGUCUAGACAUUCAAUAUCUGAUCCUUCUCUUCCAUUAUCCGCUUACAUUAAUAAAGUGGAAUUUGUGAGUGAAAAACAAGAAAAGAUUAAUUUACCAACAACUCCAUUGGAAUUUUUGGAAAUUUUAGAUGAUUCUGAGAAAAAACUUUUAGGAUGGGUGCCAUUAUGUUCUUCAGAUAAUAAUUUUAAAGAAAAUAAUUUAGAACUAUUAGAAGCUUCGAAAUAUGGCAUAUCUUUAAAAAAUAAUGUAAUCUGUGGUGCUUCUCUCCUUAAUUCUGGUAAAAAAAAAAGGCAUCAUGAAAAUAAUCUAUGUUCUAACAAUAAACUUGAGAUUAUAUACCCGGAAUUUAAAACAUUUUCUCCUGGAAAAUGGGUAGCUACAUAUAAUGGCAAAAAACAAAAGCUUUAUCAGUCGCCCGUUUCGUCUGUUACUAAGAAUAUUCUAAAAAAUAAUUUAUCGAUAGCUAAUGUAAGUUGUUUAAAUCCGUGUUCUUCUGCAAAUAGUUUAAAAGACAUUGAUAAAAUGUGUUCACCUGGAAAGUGGGUUCUUACUGCUCCUGGAAAAAAAAUGAAGCUGUAUUGUUCUCCGGAUAUUAGCACGAAAUCUUCAAAUAAAUUAAUAUAUGAUUUCAAAUUAAAGUCUUCUACAAAUUCUUCACAAGAAAAUGAUUUCUUUUUGAAGGAUGGUUUAGUCAGAUUUAAUUCUGGAGUCAACGGGUUUUAUGAUUCUUGUAUUGAUUAUACUGAUAAAAAUGAAAGUUUUUGUGUUACUGACAUUUCUUUUGAUUCAGCAAUUGAGAAAAAGGUUCGAUUCAAUGAUUUUACUUCAUUAAAUAGUCAAGAAGAUUCGUCUUGUUUAGAAAAUUUACAUGUUGAUGCAAGUGAAUCAACUAAAAAUAAUACAGGUUUUUUAGAGAAUAUUAUAGAUAAUACGAGUUACAAGAGUUCUUUGGUGAAUAAUACAGAUAAUAUGCAAGAAUUUUCUAUAAAUAAUAAAGAAGAUAUGAAUGAUUCUAAAAUUUCGUUUAUGGAUCAAUUUAUGAUGAAUUUUAAUACCGAAGUUAUGGAUGGUGAAUUGUUUAAUUUCGCUAAAUUAUCCAGUUCUACAAUUGGUUUAGAAUCAUUAACAGGAAAUAUUCAAGAAUCAAUAAGUAAUGAAUUUAGUUUUAAAUCUAAUGACAACUUUUCCGAGUUAUCGAAAUGUCCUGUUUUUAAAGAGGAACAUAUGGAAAUAAAUCAAUCGAUUCAGAAAGAUAUACCAGAAUUUCAAUCAAUUGAUGACGAGAAAUCUACACGAAAUUAUGAUAAUCAAGAUGUAUUUAUGACUGAACAUUUUUUUCGUAAUCAUAAAAAAUUUAACAUUAUGAAUAAAAACAUUUGUUCAAUAAAAUCAAAUGAUAUCGGAAAUAAUAAUUUCACCGAUAUACAUGUUUGUAAUCAACAACCAGAGACUGCUGAUUUUAUGAAAUUAUUAAAUAAUUCAUUAGAUCUACGGAAUCGUUAUAUUGAUGUUAAGGAAGAUAAAGAUGUAUCUUAUAAAAAUACCCAUUUAAUUAAAGAUGAUAUUUGUUCUUUAACAUAUGAAGAAUAUAAAGAUUUAGGUGAUACCAAGAAAGUGACGAAUUUUUUUGAGGAUUUCGAGACAAAAAAAAUAUUAAAUCAUUCUUUUUCUGAUAAAGUAUCAAGUAAAUUAGAUACUGAUUUUUUAUCUAUUGAGAAAAAUAAUACAAGCUUCGAAACAAUUGAAGUUUUAGAAUUGGAUUCUAAUAUUUCUCAAGCGGAUAAAUGUUUUCAGUCUACAGAUACAAAUUCAUCUUUUGUUAAGAUUAAAUGCGAUACAACUUAUGAAGGAAUAUCAGUUGAAUUAUUGCAGGAACAAUGUGUUGGGGGUAGUUCUAGUAGUCCAAUAAAAGGAUCCGCUGGAUCCAUUGUUCCUGGAAAAUCUAAACAAGGUUUUAUUAUAGAGAAAUCUUCCAAAAAAACACGAGAAUUAAAGCCGAUUCGCGUAUCAAGUAGAAUAAGAGAAAAGGCCAUUAAAGCUAUUAAUGAUAAAUCUAAAUCUGAGAGUUGUGAGGCUGUGAUUUUUCAUGAAAAUUUGUGUCAUAAUAAGUAUAGAAUAACACGAAAUUCUAGAAAAGCUGGCGAUGGAAAUAAUAAUAAUAUAAUUGGAUCAGCUGGGCAAAUGAAGCCAUCUGAAGAAGCUAGUGGAAAGAAAUUAAUUGAUAAUUCUAUUAUUCCUAUUUCUAAAGAAAUAAAAUUAAGUUCCUUGAAAGAGUGCACGAGAAUGACCAGAAGUAGAUUCUUAAAUGAAAAACUAGAGCAAUCUAAGGCGCAAUCUAAUUUUAAGGAUCUUACUAAUAUCAAGAAUCUACAGCAUCAAGUAAUCGAUUCUCGCAAAGAUGAUAUAAUUGCUGAUAAAAUAAUUACUAAAACGCUCACGAAACAUAAUAAGGAGAAUCCAAAGAAAAGGAGUGUAUCACAAACAAUUUCAAAUAUCGAAAAACCUUCUAAACGCCGUAGUGUUUUGCCUAUGAAUGAUAAAAAUGUGAAAUCUUCUAUAAAAAGAGUUAGUUUGAGAAAUAGAUCUAAAUAAUCGUUGAUAUUAAUUAAAUUGAUAAUAUUUUUUUUUCGAAUAUAUUUUAUUCAAGAUUUAGUGAAAAUAUAGAGUUAUUGGGUUGAAUUGAAAAUAUAGAAGUUGGU